UUACAAGGUCGUUUUCGUACGCCCGUAGAUUCAGAGUUUCAGUGUCAACUUUCCAAGCCUCAGUGGAGGAUAAAUAAUGACAGUUUAUCUGUAUGUGUAAAGUCACUUAACUUCGAAGUUGUCGAUAUGUAUUGUGCAACUAAGCAAAGAAAAUCUGGAAAACAUAGAAGUUUAAAAUUAUUCUCUCGAUAUUUAUCAGGUAAGCGACGAAAGACCUCGCUGUCUACUAUUGGUUCAGAACAAUCUACUGCAAAUAAAAAAAUCCAAGAAACUACAAAACACAAACGUAAACGUUCGUUAAAAUCGUAUCUUGGAUUUGGAAAUCUCCGCAAACAGAAAACUACUGAUUUUGAAGACACCGGAUACCUUAUUGGAGAAACGAGUGCACCAUAUACAAAAGACGGAAAUAAAUGUAAGGAUUUCUCGAAACCAAAUAAUACGGGCGAAAGUAAUAAUAAACCUGCUAAGAAAAAGAAACUUUCAAAAAGAAUCAGGCGAACGGUGAUGACCGCAUGUCGCUAUAUUGGAGUUGGCCUGGCAAACAUGGCUCCCACCGUUGGAACACCAAUGGCUGCUUCUGUGGAGAAUCCGUUCUGGUACUCGGAAAAUUAUUGUUACCCAUGUACACAUCCUUCAAGACUUAACCAAUAUGGAUCAGUUAACUAUACUGGAAACCCGUGGGGUAGAAAUCGACCAAUUAGUGUGUGGUAGGACAGUUCGGAACUACAAAAGUCACUGAGAUGGAAACUGUAAAUUUAAUAAUUACAAAUAAAUCAAGGUGUGGAGGGUGCUAUUUUCAUGAAAGUUGUAUGUGUAAAUAUAUAUAUAUAUGAUUAUUUGAAACUGUUUUGUACUGGUCUUGCUGAGAAUUGGUAACAUUUUGAUUGUUACUAUUUUCAAGAAGAUAUUUUGCAAAUUAUUGUAAAUUUUCGUUGCUUUCAGAAGAAGAAAAAAUUCAUUUAUUAUUAGAAUACCACUCAAAGUGAAAUAUAAGCCUCAAUAAAGGAAAAUGGUUUUAUGUAGAAAUUUGUUU